GACCAGCCUAGGGUUUUUUUCUUUAGCUGGACCAGCUCUGCUAGGGUUUAUACUCGCUCUACAGAGAAACAUUUCUGCUUAGUUUAGGGUUUAUGUGGAAAUCCUAACCCGUAGCUAUCAAUCAACUUAUUGCAGCUCCCUAGAAUUUCUACAGAAUGGGAAAGAAGAAGCAGUUCAUCGACAAGAAGAAAUCGGCGACGUUCCAAUUACUUGCCCGCGACUCGUCCGAUCCCAACUACGACGACUCACCGGGUGGCGACCGAGUCUUCGUCCGCGUCGACAACAACUCCGUAUCCGUCUUCGCAGAUGGAGUACCCGCCGGAGUCUCCGGCUCCGGCCGCUACGAAGAAGACGAAGAACCCGAUUCGAUAUUCGCCGAUGCUCCCGAGGACAACGACGAGGGAGACGAUGAUCGGGUUUUCGGGAACUUGGAGCCGGGGACGAAGGCUUUGCCGGAGCAUGUGAGGAAGGAGAUUUUGGAGCUAGGGUUUCCGGACGACGGUUACAACUAUUUGCUUCACUUGAGGAAGAUCAAGAACGCUGGAGGUGGCUCCGCAUUUUAUGAUAAUCCGAAGGCGAGGCUUGAUCAGCUUCCGCGUGACGUCAAGGCAUAUGAUGCUUCGAGAGUACAGAUAGGGGAUGGUGAUCCCAAUGGGAAUUCGAUUUUUAGUGUUGCAUCUAAGAGUUUUGGUGUGAGGGUUCAGAAAGCGGUUGAUCCUGAUGUGGCUGCACUGCUUGAUGAUAGCGAUCUUUCGCGGUUUGGUUCCGAUGUUGAGGACUUGGAAGAGGAUUUCGUUCUUCAGGCAAACAUUCCCGAAGAAGAGGAGGAUGUGGAGGUGGAGGUGGAUAAGAGGUUGAACAGGGUUGAGGAGUUUGGGGUAACCAAAACAGAGGUGGAUAAAUCUGACCAACAACAAAAUGUGGAUGGCCUUGUCUUUCAGAAUGGAAUUGGAAAUCAUCUUGUAGUAGGAGGAGAUGAAUGUGUUGGUGAGAAGCCGCGGGUUCGGCGUUUUCUGGAUGAGCAAUUUGAUUUACUUGAGCGUCAAGAAUAUGGCACUGAUGAUGAUGAUUAUGGUAAUGUAGCUGAAGAAGCUGAACCUCUGGCAGAAAAGCUAAAGCAUGCCCUAGGUGACCGUGCGAUUUUGGAACUCGGUGACAAAUAUAAGGUUCCUGCAGAUUUAUUGCAUGAUAAUGAGAUGCCAAAAAGUAAGGAGCUAUUGGAAUCUGCGGCUGAAGUGAUUCGUCGCUGUGUGGAAUAUGCUGAGAAGUAUGAAAAGGAAAAUGAAAAUGAAGACAAACACGUGGUUCUUGUAGAAGAAAGCAGCGAUGAAUCAGAAGUUUGGGAUUGUGAGACCAUUGUUUCUACGUAUUCAAAUCUUGAUAACCACCCUGGUAAGAUUGGGGCUCCAGAAACUAGGAAAAAGAAGUUGACUGAAACUUUAUAUGGAGCCUCGAGUGCCAUGAGUCAUGUAAUAUCCCUACGAGGAAAAGAGAAGCUACCUGUGGACUUUCUACCUCAUAGUAUAAAACCUGGUGCAGAAAAGGUCAAGGAUGUGGAUAGUAAAAAGGCUGAGCAGCAGAAGAGGAAACAGCAUGGUCAGGAGUCAAAAGAGGAGAAGAAAGAACGGAAGGCUGCUUUAAAGGAGGAAAGGCGUGAAGCACGGCGUGCAAAAAAAGAAAUGAAGGAGCUUUACAGGGGUGAAGCACAGCGUGCUCAGAAAGUUGCUUCCAUUUGUGGCCCAUCUUCUAUACAUCUUAUGUAAGUGUGGUAAGAUAAUACCAGAUUGUUGCCUAAGACUCUGAGGCCUUCCAUUGGGGUAAUUCUGCAGUUCUGAAGUACAAGGAACUACUAAGUAAUUUCUGUUAUCUACUGUCAAUCUUCAACAGAGAAGGGGCGUAUGCUCAGCUAGUUCUUGAUUGCCGUGAUUUGGUUAGGUUAUCAGAGUUCACUAUUUAUUGUGGUCUGUUUCUUGUUCUUCUAGGGAUGGGGUAGGGUUUUUGGUUCUGACGCCUGUUUUUGGUUCUGACGCAGUAAAGUCAAAUUUAUAUUUCAUUAGUUGUUGUCUUUGCAUGCAAAACAAAGAAACAUGAGAAUCUCUGCUAUAGACUGGGAUGCAAUUAUGGUAGACUUUCCCCCCUUA